AUGAGUAACAAUCUCCAUGUCAUCAUCCGUGAUGGGCAGGUUUAUACCUCUCUCACUGCACACUCCCUUCCUGACGUCAUACCUCACAAACCUCCUUGGGAUCCUCACAAAGACUACAACUGUUCUCCCAACGAUAGUAAUACGCUACUCACUACUCGCUGGGCAUACGGAACUCGUCCGUGGUUUCCCCUUGUACCUUUGAAUCCUAGCUUUGAUGGGCCGAUCUUUGGAUGCCUCAACCACUCCAGGUUUUCCCUCCUUACAGAGGUAGAUCCAUCGGGAAAGCACAUUCUCCACCGUGAUAUUUGGGCAAAAUGGGUCAACUUAGAGCAGAAACUGCUCUGGUGCCAGGAACAUUUGGGUGCUGGAUUAUUCAUUCCGUGGGGGACUAAACUUCCACGCGCUCCGAACUACCUAUGGGUACCAACGGUCGCAUGCAGACGCUAG